CACUUCCAAGGUUGCAACUCAAAUCCAACAUCGCCUUACUUGUAGAGUACAACAACCCUCCUCAGGUCCAGAAUUGACUUCGAUACAACAAACUCUCAAAAGCCUAUGGUGCUGAAGCUCUGUACAAGCAUCUGCAAAAGACAAUCCCAUUGGGGCCUAGAUCAUCGCAAUGUCGGGCAAAAUGGACUGACAUGACCUUUCACUGGCACCUUUACACGGCCUGCUCCUGAUUGGUGGCUCGUAGAAAUGUCACCGCCGAACGCCUGAAUGCAGCCCGAGUACAACCUAGGAUGCGGGUCGACGUUGCACCGAAACCCCGGAGAGGCGUCACCGCGGCCCAGCUUCUCAAAGCUUCGUUGGAAAAUCGCGCACCGACUGGAGCGUAAAGCGGUCCCAACAUGGUCCCAAUCUGGUGAUACCCCGAGUUUCUCCAGCCAUCCAGCCCCAUGGCGCUGGCUCGGGCCCUCUCUUAGUCCUCCCGAUCUGCAGAAACUGCAAGACAACGUCCGUUUGACGCUGCUGCAGGGCGGGGGACUCCAGCUUCCAUGGACCGUGCGUAUCACAUGGGAGCGUGUUGGCACGUCUCCAGCCGGUGAAAGGCGGUUCGUAUACGCUGCCAUCGUGAACCACACUACACCCAACACCCCGCCAAGCGCGUACUGGAACCACACCGAUCCUCCUAGGUCACGCGCGUGCGGAGCUUCCGCACCCCGGCUCCUCCAUAAAUCCUCUUUUCGACCUGAAGCUUUCUCUCUUUCUUUCCCUCCUCCUGCACCCCGAAACUCCAGGUUACAGUUUCGUUCCCCUCCUGCUGGACACAACUUCUACCCGCCGUGACCAUCGACAAGAUGAAGACGUUCUACAACGUCUACGCUAUUUGCGGCUUCGCCGCCAUCGGUGGAGCCUUGUUCGGC